GCUGGGGGCUGCCUGGCGCUGCUCACUGCUGCACGCUGGUAUGUGUAACUCAUGAGUGUUAUAUUUGUUUGUCUAACAGCAGAGAGUGUAGGCAGUGGUGGAGGUGCAGAGUCUAUGCGAGGUAAUGACUGUCGGUGGCUGGGGGCUGCCUGGCGCUGCUCACUGCUGCACGCUGGUAUGUGUAACUCAUGAGUGUUAUAUUUGUUUGUCUAACAGCAGAGAGUGUAGGCAGUGGUGGAGGUGCAGAGUCUAUGCGAGGUAAUGACUGUCGGUGGCUGGGGGCUGCCUGGCGCUGCUCUGUGCUGCACGCUGUGCUGGUGUUUGACAACAGAGUGGAGCUAGGAGUUCUACAGCAGUUGCUGUUGGCGCGGGUGCUACCAGCCUACCCUCGUCUGACACAUCGCCUUCACAAGCUGCCCCUCACAGCUGGUGCUGGUCACUGCUGGCUGCCAGACCCACACUUUGACAUUGACAAACACGUGUUCUAUGGACCAUGUCUGCCUACUGAUGUACAGCUCCAAGUGUAUGUCUCGCAGUUGCUCAACGAAGGGUUGUCGACAGAAAAGCCUCCGUGGGAGCUGCACGUGUUGCAGGCUAGUGGGAGGCAAGGCACUACGACGGUUCUGCGUGUGCACCAGUCAGUGGCUGACGGGCCGGCGCUCAUCUCCAUGCUAUGUCACUGUCUGGCUGACACGAAGGUGGCGCUCCCUCCCCUGAGUAGGUCAGAUCAGUCAGUGGGGUUCUACUGCAAGGUGCUGAGGUCCUGCGUGCUGGGUCCGCUGACAGUGUUCCUGUGGCUGCUGCUGUCAGCACGAGACUGUAACCUGUUGACUCAGCGUGCUAGCUGGUCAGGGCAGAUGUCUGUAAGCUGGUCAGCUGAUAUUACACUAGCCAAGGUCACCAGGGUCAAGCAGGUCACCAGGUCAACAGUCAACUGUGUGCUGCUGUCUGCGCUGGCUGGGGCGCUGCGUAUAUUGCUGCAGAGCUGCGGAGUGCGACAGCCUCCUGAUCUUAGGGUAGUACUGCCCGUGGACCUGCGUACAGACUCUCGCCUGGGCAAUCAAAUGGCUCCGGUGGUAGUGUCAUUGCCGGUGGGUGUGGAGGGGGCGGUGCCAAGACUGUGGAGCACUCGUAGAGCCUUACGCACACUCCGACAGUCCAGUGAUGCCUUGAUUGUCUACCUCGCCACUGCUGCACUCAUGACUGUACUUCCGGCUCACUCUGCCCGCAGUAUACUUUCUGCCUUCACUGAGCAGAAGGCAAGUCUGCAGUUUAGUUCGCUGAUCGGUCCAUCCGCUGCUGUGCUGGUCGGAGGCUGUCCGCUACGCAGCGUCUACUCUCUGCUGCCUGCACAGACUGGGCUCAGUGUUGCAGUGUCAGUGCUCACCUACGCAGACCAGGUGUUUGUAGCCGUUGCUACGGACAGCAGUCUCCAACCAGCUGGUGACAUGAUCCUCAACCAUCUACAGGCUCAGGUGGAACUAAUGUACUCUCUGCUGAAGAACAGACGAGUGCCGGGUGAGGCCAAGACAGAAGCCAUGUUGUAUCGAUUCCCUGAUGUCACUCGAUCACCUGUCAGAGAGCUGGCUAGCAGACUGACCAUGGUACAGGGGGAGGUUGAGAGACUUAGCCGAUCUCACAGCGAGACUUCUCAAGAAACUGAGAAACUGCAUCGUCUCAGAGCUGAAUUUUCUCAUCUUCUUCGCGAAUUGCGCAAGAGGAAAUCUCUUGAAGGUGAACCGUGGGAUGUCCAAUGGCGGUCUCGCAGACGUGCCAUGUCAUGUUCGUUCUCACGUAGACCGAGCAUGUCUGUCAUCAGCCUGCUGUCAACCGUGCGCCCCGCCAGUGUUAUAGAGACUUCAGCCCCAUCCGCCCCCGCUCCCCUUCGCUCCACUAUAGCAUACAAUGAUGCCCCUUCUACAAGUGUCUUCAAUGUCAAUUACUCCAAUACUUCAACUACAUCUUCUCUGGAUUAUUUAUCUUCACCGCUCUGUGCUCCGGACGAGUCGCGCAACGACUGUACGGAGAACGACAAUUGUGUCUCGGCUUGCGGCCUGUACAACGAGAUCCUGACCGCCCUGGAGAGCAAUAAUGAAACACUCCAUUCAUUCAGCAAUGAGCGCAAAACCCCACCUCUGACAAAUAAUAUAAGUAACGGUAGAGGUAUAGUAGUAAGUGAAGUAGCAGUUAGAGAGCACAAUAGUAAAUUACAAGUGCCAGUCACUGAAAUCAAUUACAAAUAUAAAUCCAACCUAAGAAAAUACAAGAGUAGAACUAUGACUUCGAUUUACGAAAAAUCCUGGAGUCACAGAUAUAAAAGGCAGGACGCGGAAGGAAGAAGAAUGUCUCGAUCCUGCAACCUUUUAAACAGUCAUCAUACUCAAAAUUAUGAUUACGAAGCUGCAAUAGAAUCGCUCUCAGAAUUUGCUACAAAAAUACGCAGGUUGAGUCUAGAGAAUGCGUCGGCUGAUAAAACAGUUAAAAAUGUUGGCUAUAAUUCCGAAAUGAGUAACUUCUUCUAUCGCCAGAAGAGAAUUAUUGAUAAGUCUAGAAGGCAUUCUAUGAUACCAGAACGUAGAAAGUCAGCAGCCUGUCAGUCUCAACAACAUAGGGAGGAAGAGCUCCCCUCCUCCGCUCUAACUGUACAGCCAUGCAUCUACGAGUUUGUGUGAUAAUGGGAACAAAGAAUAUAGAUAAGACGUAGCAAUAAGCUUCAUAAUCUAUAUUAGAAUUAGCAAUAAUAUUUUAAAUACCUAUUUUACAAAUAAACUAUUUUAGAUGAUUUUAAACGAUUUAAUAUAAAACCAAUUUUGUAAAUAGAUUAAAUGCAGGAAACUGUUUUUAAUAUUUUUCUGUGCUGUAAAUACUUUAUAUUUCAAUCAAAACAAACGAUUUUAAAUGCCUUAGAUACAUCUAAAAUAAUAUUUAGAUUUAGUACUUUAAUAAAGACACAAACUGUGCAUUUACUUGCUGAACAAUCAGAUGUUAAGGUUUAAGAUGUAAUUGAUUCAGGACCAUUCAACAUAAUAGACGUUGUAAGAUAGAAAACACUAUAGGUACAAUGACUAUGUCCUAGAAAGUACAUAGUUACCUCAAGCUCUGGCCAAACUAAAGAAAUCGAGAUAUGAUAUCUUUAUAAAUUUACAGUACAACAUAUUGUAAUUGGUGGUAUGAAUGUAGUCAUUGUACAUGAAACAUGAGGUCAGUAAUUUUAUUAUGAAAAAACUGGCAUAGUCAUAAUGAGGAACUUAGUUUAAUACUUUUUGCUAGUUUGGUCAAUAGAAGGACAGGUACUUCUGGCUGCUAUUUGUUGCGGGUUUAUGUCAGUAUUAACUUGAAAAUGUCAGUAACUAAAUGUCUUAAACAGUAGGGUACUUAAUAAAUUGUUUGUGUUAUGAACUCUAUGCGAUGACUCUACUAAAAAUUGAGGAUUAUUAUGUUUCUAGGGUAAACCAAUUUUGGACAAUUAAUCCCCCCAUAAAACUCUAUAGUCUAUUCUAUGGCCUAAUCUUGCUUCUUCUUAAAAAAAGCUAAACCAACCCUACAUUUGAAUGCCCAAUUUCUUCAAAAUAGGCCACUUUUGCUAAAAUUAUCGGGGUAGUGGAAUUUACUUCCCCUGGAAUUUCACCCCCUGAGCAAAACUGAUGUCACAGCCUAGUACAGAUCAGGAAUAUUAAGAAUAAUUAUUAAUAUUUAGAGUAAAGAGUACCCAUACAGUGAUAUUCUUUGUGCUCCAAGCAUCAGAUGUUUUAUUUUUACAAUAUUUGUCAGGUUUGUCUUGCUUUAGUGUAUAUGUUUCAUGAUAAAAUUUAAGGAACAAAAAGUUCAUAUAUGGAUGGCUCCUGAAUUAAAAACGAUAUUAAUGUAUCCCAUGUAUGUAUUAACUUGUAAAUACCAGUAGGUUUAUUCUUAGAUAAAGUAUUAUAUACAGAGAGAGCAAAUAGAUACUUUAGAUGCUAUAAUAUUAUGAAACAUUGUUGAAUAGUCAACUUUGAAGUCUUUCAUAGAAUGCUUUAAAAGCAUGCUAAAUUAGAAUAAUUGUAUAGGAAAAACCAUUGUUGAAGUUUUAUUAUUGAUCAUAUCGUUUUGGUGGUUAUUUAUUUCAACGUUAAAUUUGAGUUCUUGGAAAUCUACUGCUUCAAAAAAGCAAUUAAUUGAUUUUAGUACAUUUCCAACACUUUCCUAUAUAUAUUUAUUUUGGAAAUAUUAAAGGUGGUAGCUACUGAGAAUUGUAAUUUUGAAUAAAAAAUUUUAUUUUUUAUUUGGCUGUGAUAAUGGUUGAAAUAGAAUAUUUAUAAGAUUAAUAUGUAUCUUACAAAGUAAAUAAAAUCCUACAUUAAAUACUCGUGCCACAGUCAAUCUGCAAACUAAACGAGUUUUUCUUCACUAAUUGGAUUGUCACUCAAAUACAUCCAUACAUUCUGAUUUUUUUCCUGUUUAUUUUACUUUAGCUAAUUUCCCAUAAAGGGAAUAAGCUAUUACCGUAGUAGGUGAGGCCUGGACCUGGGACCGAUUUACUUUUUUGUUUUGAGGUCCCUAGAGGCCAAAAACACCAUCCGUUCAAAUUCAUUUAGGCCUAUGUGUGUGUGUGUGUGUGUGUAUCCAUAACUCAAGAAAAAUUAUCCGAUUUUGAAUUUUGAUAAAAUUUGGUACAAACGUGUAAACCUUCAUUUAUUCGAAUGAGUUCGCAUACCAGCAUGAUCGGACCUAUGGGAAUGGGGGUUUAUGGGGUAAAAAUAGGUUUUCCCAUUUUUGACCAUGAAAACACAAAAUUUUACAAUUUCUUUCCAAACCAUUUUGUAGAGCUUAAAAAAAAAAUUAAGUAUAUUGAAGCUUUAUUAUGUGCCUAAUGGUUAUACAGAGAAAAUUCCAAAGAAUUGUAAAUUUAAAAUUCCCAUGUUAUUCUAUUGGAGAAUAAGUGUUGUAGUUUGCUUGUUUAUGAACAUAUUUUGAUCAAAUUUGGAAAAUACAUUCAUCUCUUACUAAACUACAGUAUUCCUAUAGUUUACAACAGUGGUACUGGUAUUACACAAUUUUACAACAAAAAAUACUUUUUUAUCCUCCUUGUUGCAGUAUACCUAAGUACUUGUUAAACUAAUGCUAUAGGGAAUAAAAAUGUGAUAUUUUUAAGGAGACAUUUUAGUGUAAAUGCAAUCAGGCAAAUGGAAAUUUGCUAAGUCUACAGGUUUGCUGCGUCAGGGGUAUUUUUUUGUAACUGCAACAAGAAAGAUUAUAACUAGUGAAAUGUUAGCGGAUUAUAAUUAUAUUUAUUUAUUUAUAUUUAUAAGUAUAUCAAGGCCCCACUAUAAAAACAGGCCAUGCUGCAGGAUCCAUGACAACACACUUAGUGGUUAGAUUUGUUAUUGUUGAUAGAGGCACUGCAAUAUCCCAUAUGUUUUAGGUAAAUAAGCUGGCUGUUUGUCAGAUUUUAAUGGUAAGAUUUUAGUACAACUAUCCACCACUGUGAUGUAGUGUUGCGCUGCCCGCGCUGCAGCAUGGCCUGUCAUUCUAGGUACAGUAUAACAUAACGGCAAGACCUAGGCCUGGGACUGAUUUACUUUUUCAUUUUUUUGAUGUUCUCACGAGUGCACAAGAACGCUUCAGUGCACUAAAUUAUUUUUUUAGGUCCCACAAAAUGGUUUAUACAUAAAUUGCAAAAAUCUUUAUAUUUAAUAGGCUAACAUGAAUUUUGUGAUAAUUGUUUUGAAGCUGUCACGCACGCAUUCGAUGACCAUGUUUAAGGUAUUUAUUUCAACGUGAAAUUUGAGUUAUCGAAAUCUACUGCUUAAAAAAAAGCAAUUAAUUGAUUUUAGUACAUUUCCUGGAUAGGUCGUGGCCUGUAGAUUUGCCAUGAAAAAAAACUUUGAAAUUUCAUCAGGAAGGCUCUGCUCCAGGGGCCUUCAAAGUCCCCACGUUAUUCUUAUGGAGAAAAUGUUUGUUUACAUUUGAACAGAUGAAUAUCUUGAAACUUAGGUUAGGCUAAAGCCUUGUUUACACGAUGCCAGUAGAGCAGGCAGGUUGCGGGGAGGUUACUCUAGUUUAUUUCCAAGUUACCUGCUGCCCUUUAACUGGCUUCGUGUAAACACGGCUUACGGGAUCCAUGUUAGCUGUAUCAUCCUUGAUGGGUAUCACAACAUACCUAUUUCCUAUUUGUGUUACCUAUAUUGACUCUAGGAGUGGCCAAAGUUUUCAUAUUUUGAGUUUUGCAAAAUUGGUUACUGGAGUUUUGUUAAUAUAGCCACAUAGCUUUCUUUUCUUUUUUCUAAUAUUUUAAAAUAUUUAUGAAAAAGUUAGUCAUAUUCUUUAUCUUUAAAGAAAGUGUGUGUGUAAAGAAGGUGUGUGUUUUCUUUAAGUUGUUCAAAUGUUAUUCAAGCUACUAAGUUAAAGUUAUGUACUGUUUACCAUGGUAGUAUUUGGAAUAGAUUAUAGUUUAGUAUUUUAAAUCGUGGACAUUAACUAGUAAAUUAGAGUUUUGACUAUUCAAUAGUCAAUGAUUAGAGCCAAUGAACAAUUUAAGCGAUGUAGUCUAAACAAUAGCUGAUCUUAGAUUUAAGUUAGACCAGUAAUAUUUUGCUUUAACCAGCAAAAUACAAGCUAUAAGAAAUGCACAAUUUUGUUGUUAUUAAAGAUUUAAACUGUAAGCAAAAAGAGAAUUUAAAAUGUCUAACAAAAUAGGGUUUGUGAAUAACACAAUACAUACCUUAUUUACUUUCAUUAUUUAAGUAGAUUAAAUUCAGAAGGUGCCAGUAGAUGAAUAACUGUGUACAAUCAAAAACCAUAGUGUUACCAAACUUGUUGAAAAUUUUCAAAUGGGUCAUAUCAUUGACUAUACACCUUUACAGAGAGUGGGUCCCCAUGAAAUGAGGGUCCCCAUGAAAUAAUCAUGAAUGGAGCAAGAUAAAGGUAAAUAGUAAAAUGCUUAGUCCAGGCAAAGAAAAAAUGUUUUGGAGGAAAAUUACUUUACUUUCAUCAGACUAUAAGGGAACGUGGCUAAUGGGGGGCUUUAUGGGGUAAAAAUUGGGUUUUCUCAUUUUUGACCAUCAAAACUUCUAACUUUACAAUUUCUCUCUUAACUAUUUUGAAGAGCUUGCUGUGGCAGUAGUAUAUAUUCUCACAUCAUUCAGAUUUGAUGAAACAAUACUUAGGGAACACUUUUACUAUCACAACUUAUUUUACACAGACUAAAGCCAACCCACCUUGCAUUGUCGAUAGUCAAGUCAAUAAUUGCUUUAAACAUUUUAGAAAAUCUUGUUCACUCCUGUCAGUGUAUCCAUUGCCUUCAUAGACCAAAUACAAUUUUUUUUAGUAGGAGAUUAAUUUUUAGAAUCUUUAUAAACCUUGCUAAUAUUACAUUUUUUAUUUAUAAAAUGUUUUUGUCAAUAAAUGAAGGGAGUAUUUCAUUUGGUCCAAAAUCGUUUGGUCCAACAGUUGUAAAACAGUUUGUUUGGUCCAACACUUGUAAAACAGUUCAUUUGGUCCAAAAUCGUUUGGUCCAACACUUGUAAAACAGUUCAUUUGGUCCAAAAUCAAUUUAUCAUCCAGUUGGAGAGUAUUUCAUUUGGUCCAAAUCGUUUGGUCCACCAGUUGUAAAACAGUUUGUUUGGUCCAACACUCUAAUAUGAGUUCGUUUGGUCCAACAGUAUGAACUAUUGCGUCCCUUACAUUGAAGGCGUUCAAAUAACCGCCGUCACGUCGUCAACCAAACCGCCUGCCUUCCGAGGCCUAUUUGUUAUUUUGUGUUAUGUUUCUAAAUAAUUGAUAUGUUUGCAUUUAUAUACACGUACAUAUAAACAUAUAUUUAUUUAUAUAUAACGUGCUUGUGUCCUGUUUACUUUUUAUCCCCAGUCAAUCUUAAAACAACGCGUUUUAAUUCCCUAGAUUUGUGGAUAAACAUUGACUUUGCUUUGAGUGACUUUGCUAUAACAGUGUAUUAAUAGUGAUUAAUAAGUGAAUAAAUAAAACAUAGAAAGUCGCCAUGUUUAAAGCAAAAAUUUUACAGUAUUAAUAUUAUUAUUGUAUACAACGGCGGAUUUUUGAAUGCCUUCAAUGUGAGGGACGCAAUAGUUUAUACUUUUGGACCAAACAAACUCGUAUUAAAGUGUUAAAUAAAACGAUUUUGGACCAAACGAACGAGUUUUUAACUGUUGGACCAAACGAUUUUGGACCAAAGAAAUUAGAUAAAACGAUUUUGUACCAAAUGAACGAGUUUUUAACUGUUGGACCAAACGAUUUUGGACCAAACGAAUGGCAAUAUAAACGUUGGACCAAACGAUUUUGGACCAUUUGAAGAUGAUCCUAAAUGAAGACUAGGUUUUAGAAAUUACCUCAGUCCAACUAUAUUUGGUUUAUUAAAAAUACAGUUUGUAAUCUCAACUUGAUAUAUAUGUUUAUUAAUUAUGUUCCCUGCUAAUUGACCCUCUCCUCUAGCCAUUUAUUGUACAUUAUAAUUAAAAACUGUGUAUAGAUUAUUUGCCAAACGGCUAAUCAACAAGUGAUAAAUGUAGAGUAUCAUAACA